ACAGAUAUAACUUUCAUUUUACAGCACUGUAUUUUGUAGUUGAUUUACUAUUUCAUAUUUUCUCCGCUGGGUCGGAAUAGUCACAGAACAAGAAUGGUCAUGUUGUAUGGCUUGGCGAUCAUCGCCAUCUGUCUUGCUUCUGUGCGCUCAGACAUAUAUCUCCAUAAUCCAAGAGGCAGCAACAAUAGAUUGGACGAAAACAGUCGAGAUCGAAAUAAUGCAAAUCGUUUAUUCGACUCACAAAACAACGCUAGAGGAGGAUAUAAUGUCGGAAGCCUUUACUACUAUGUCGAUUCUGAACUAUCUGUAGAAUGGACAAAUCAACAUUCAUGUGGAGACCUAAACAAUCAUUGUGAAGUGAUUUUACAAUACAUGUGUAGCGAUACUUUACGAGACGGUAUAUCAACAUCAACAAUUCCUGAGAAGCCUAACAACUGUAAAAAUGGUGACUGUGAUUCUGAUAAAGCAUAUGGAAUGCACGAAGAUUUUUAUUAUUAUGCUCACUGCAAAUUGAGGUCACGAAAUAAAGGACUUUUCACUGCUGAUAGGAAUCUGAAUGGCGAAUCAGCAAAAUAUACGCGCCAAAAUAACGCUGGAACAAGAAGAGGUUACGAAUGUCCGGAAGAAAGAGAUCAUUAUCCAUAUUGGGGGCCAACACCUUGGAAAGACAUUGCAAUCUUAACGAACGAUGUUUCAAGAUGUGAAUAUUACCAAAGAGAAAGCCAGAACGUGAAACCAAAACACGCAUGCGAAGUUCCAUACCAGUACUUGUAUAUUAAAAGCGGUCAAAACAACGUAAACACAUAUAUUCCCAUUGAAAAAGAAAAAUGCGAAGCGUUCGAUGCCGACAUUGGAGGCGGGGAAUCGGUUGCUGGAGUAUGGAAAGAAUAUCCUUCGCAUAACCUUCCUCCGCCUGCCUGUACCGAUUCAAUCAAAAGCCGAGACAAUCAUCUCGGAAACACAUUAGGAGGUCAUCCUGCCAUGUUCAACUGGACUAUAUUUGAUGAUCCAAAUAAAAGUUGUACAUUGAGAAUCAGAUAUAAUAUUUCAACAAGUGAUUACGAUGGAUGGAAUACAUCAGACAAAGCUAACAACAGACGAACUAAACAACAAGGAUACGGUCCUGAUAUGUGGACAUCAUUAGGUUUGUCCCAAGAGGAAGCUGUUAGAAGAGGGUAUUAUUUGAAAAAUGAUCCAGAAGUUGAUGUUUUCAAUAGAACGAAACUGAAGUUGGCACUUGCCAUUAACACAGCUCAAUUCGGAAGAACAUUCCAAGACCGAACUCAUCGAUUUGAAAUUCGAAGUCGUCCUUCCGAUUUGAGGGACAAGAAAAUUUACAAUUUGAAUGUUCGCGGGAAAAGAGGAAAUAUCGUACAGGUCUACCCAGCUGUUGAAUACGAUUAUGUGCCUAAUAAUAUACGAGUAGCACCAGAAGAUUAUAUACAUUUUCAAUGGACUGGAUCUAACGAUAAUCCUGGAAACAAUGAUGGACAAGGUCGACAAUCAACGGACAGAAGUAACGUUGUACCUAUGAAAGCCAGGAAUUUCUCUGAAGGUGAUCCUACAUUGGCACAAAGUUAUACCUAUGGACAUGCAGGAGUGAGCUACCCUUCACAUGUUACAGAAAUGGACUUCUUGGGAUUUUCUGACGAUGAUAAAUCUAAGCUUGCUUCUUUGUCAAAUGUUCAAUUUGGUGGAGUCAUGCACGAACUUGACGACGCUGGAACAUACUACGAUUUGACGCCUAGGAAAGUAACGAUGGUCGGUGAUUUCAAUUACAUGUGUACCAGGAAUAAUAACUUCUCAAACCGAAGUCAAAAAGGAAAAAUAAUUGUCAAGAAAUCAAAAGUAUCACAAGCUUAUAUUGGUCAACUUGGAGGGAAUGUCACUAUGACUGGCACAGAAGAUCACACUCAAACAGCCGCCUACUUUCCACCCCAAAGUCUCUCUGAUCCUCAAAAUGUUCAACUCGAAGUUAUUCACCAAGACGAAGUCGCACUUAAAAGCCGACCACCGAAUGAUGAUUACAUCAGUAAUUUUGUACUUUUAUCACAAAAUGCACAAGCUUCAGAAGGCAACCCCAUUCAUAUGUCAAUAUCGCUAGAGAGUGGAAACGGCAUUGGGUCUCUGUUUGAAGCAGUGGUUUACAGGACAACCGACGAUUCGACCUGGAUAAGUUUGGAACUGGAUUCAAAGAAAUCAAGUAGUUCUUCUGCUCAUUUUAAAACCGAAUCCGGGGGUCAUUUCGUUGUUGCAAAACAAGUCGCACCUGGACCCAUGGCAGGCCUUGUUAUUGGAUUGGUUGUUGCUGUCAUAUUAAUUGGAUGUCUCAUAUACUACUUCCGUACAACAAAACUACCUUUUGCCAGCUACAGUAGUAAAGUCUGAAAUAAAUUUAUCGUGAUGACAUCAUUUUAUACGAAUAUGACGUCACAGACGACGACGUCAUUUAUACACAAGUCUUCUUUAUUAAAGAAAGGAAAACUGAUAUGUAUAAUAAAGUUCUAUCAAGCAGGGACACGGAAAAGUUCAAUUGAAUCCAAAUUCAUCUAUUAGCGAUUUAUAUACGGAUGAUGCUCGAUCAAAUAAAGUCCAGUUUCUGAUUUCAAGCUAAUCCGGCUAUGAGCAAAUUUUGUGUAUAUAAUUUCUAUGCAAUUAGACAACACUGUCUUGAUUCCAUUAAUAUAUUAAGCUUUAUUUUAUGUGUUUGUAUAUAUUGAACGACCCUAUUAAGCUGUGUAUGUUAUCUCUCAGGAAAAAUACUUGGCAAAUAUAAGACGGGUAUUAUAGGAGGAAAAAGCGGUUCUAUAUCCCGUUUUGAUCAUUUCGCUUCUUACAUACGCGCUUUUGCAAAAUGCCAUAUUUUUUGUUUAUGCAUCAUGAAUGAUUUCAGUUUGAGAAUGUGUUUCAUAAAGCUGAUCACAACCAAUGCAUUAUUGUCUGUGCUUUAUACCAGGAUUAUAUGUAUUCUAAUGUAUCUUGGUUUACAUCUUUUUAACUCGUUGUAUUACAGUAGGAUUCUUCUUAUUUUCCUUCGAAAAUAUUUAAUACAGACGAUGAUAUAUAUAUACUCA